UCACACACACACAUACAUAUAUAUAAAUAAAUAUUAAAGAGUAUUAUGCUCAAUAUAAAUAGUUUGAUUUUUGGUGUUAAUACACAAAUUGUACUAAAUCAAAACACUUUAGAAAUCGUACUACAACUAACCAAAACAUGUUCCAGUUUUUCAGUUAUAACUCCUUAACCUCCAUCUUCUUCCUCUGUCUCAUGCCUUCUCUCUUUCCCGCCAGAACCCUUCCCGGCACUCUGUUCCCCGCUGACCUCUCUCCGAACGCUACCUGGAACAACUUCGUUAACUUCAUCGACGCCGGCAAGGGUGCCAACUUCUCCGGCAUGUCUGAGCUCAAGAAGUACUUCCAUCGAUUUGGAUACCUCCAAAUCCCAGACAACGUCGUAGAUAACUUCACAGACAUAUUCGAUGAUAGUUUCGAAUCCGCCGUCGUUAACUACCAGAGGAACCUCGGAUUGAUGGUGACUGGAAAGCUCGACGCCGGGACUGUGACACAGAUCAUGUCGCCGCGCUGCGGCGUAAGUGAUGUAAGGAAAGGGUCGACGGACAAAAUCCACGUCACUAAACACUAUGCGUAUUUUUACGGUGAGCCGCGGUGGGGGAGAUCAGCUCAGGUGUCGCUAACAUACGCUUUUUCCCGUAAUCAUAUGAUCGAUUACCUUAGUUCCUCCGACGUGCAAGAUGCUUUUCGGCGUUCGUUCUCACGGUGGUCGUCUGUGAUACCGGUGAACUUUACGGAAGCGGACGAUUACUCGUCGGCAGACAUAAAAAUCGGAUUUUACAAAGGUGAUCAUGGCGACGGAGAGCCGUUCGACGGUGUUUUAGGAGUGUUGGCUCACGCUUUUUCGCCGGAAAACGGUCGGCUCCAUUUAGAUGAAGCUGAGACAUGGGCCGUUGAUUUUAAAUCAACUAAAUCAAAGGUGGCCGUUGAUUUAGAAUCAGUUGCAACGCAUGAAAUUGGGCAUAUACUCGGGUUGGCCCACACUUCGGUCAAAGACGCUAUCAUGUACCCGAGCUUGAGUCCGAGAACUAAGAAGGUGGACCUUAAGAUUGAUGACGUGGAAGGGGUCCAGGCGCUAUACGGGUCAAACCCGAAUUUUAGAUAUAGUUCAUUGAUGGAAUCCGAUCUUUCUUCGGGUUGGGUGAUUACAAGCUCAAUUAAAUGGUCGACUUACUUGAUUGUACUUGUAGGGUGUUUAUGGUGACACACUUGUCUUAUUUUUUAUUUUUUGUAAUUUAGUAUAAUUUUUUAAAUAUUUUAUCAAUUUUUCUAGAACGGGCUUUCUCAAGUCCUCAUACUUUUGAUUGUUUUUUAUUUUUAAUGUAAAAAGUUACAGAUUUUGAAUUGCUUUUGAUAAUACG